GGAGCAGGUAAAGGUCACCAAGCGGCAAGAUGGCGGAUAAAGGGAUCCCCAAGCGUGUUAAGUUCCUCUUUGGGGGAAGCGCGGGCAUGCUGGCAACAUGCUUUGUGCAACCCUUGGAUGUGGUGAAGAACAGAUUGCAAUUAAGUGGAGAAGGAGGGGCGCCUAGGCUCUACAACAGUUCCUUUGAUGCCAUCAGGGCCAUCCAUGUUAAGGAAGGACUUAAUGGCUUGUUUGCUGGUCUAUCAGCAGGGUUGCUAAGGCAGGCAACAUACACUACUACCAGACUUGGGAUCUAUACAAGUCUUUUGGAGAGGGUCAGGGCUAGAUUUGUUAGUCUGCUGUUCUGA